GUCAGACAAACAGCGAGGCUUGUUUUCGCCUUUUUUGUUCGAAUAUCAUAUAAAAUCACAUUGAAAUUGAACUCAUAUUUAUCAUAGUCAUUGUAUAUAACGAAAACGAGAUAAUGUAGACGUAUUGUAGGUAAUAUUUUACGCUGAAUGUGUUGUCUACUUUGUGUCUUGCAGAUAUGAAUUUGCUUUAACGAAGACUGAUCGUCGAGGACUUUGAACAUCUCUGCUCAUAUCAAAUUUUUUUCUUCAAGUAAUGGACAUUUGAUUUCUAUUUUUGCCUCAAGUUGUUCCCGAAGGAAAGGGUAGCAUUUAGCUAUCACAGCCCCACCCACGUCUUCAGUUUCUAUUAAAACAAUGAAGGCUGACGAUAUAAAAUUGUCUGAAUAGCCUCUAUAAGUGCCUGAAAAGCACAUAAAACUCCCGAGACGCUGAGGAUCUAUAGUAUCAGUAAAAUGGCAGGGGGACCAGUUGACCCGAGGGAAAUUUUGAAAGGAGUGGAGAAUCUUCUAGGGAAAGAUGGAGAGCUCCGUAGUUUGGAGGGUGUACCCAAAGUAUUCAGUUUAAUGAAAGCUUCCACCAAGAUGGUCAGUAGAUGCAUGUACCUGAAUAUUCUGCUGCAGACCAAAUCCCAUGACGUUCUCAAUAGGUUUAUCCGAGUGGGUGGUUACAGGUUACUCAACUCAUGGCUGACGUACUCCAAGACCACCAACAACACACCACUGCUGCACCUCAUCCUGCUCACACUACAAAAGCUGCCCCUCAAAAUCGACCACCUCAAACAGAACAACACAGCCAAGCUGGUAAAGCAGCUCAGCAAAAGUGCAGACACUGAGGAGCUCAGGAAGUUAGCAUCCGUGCUGGUAGAUGGUUGGAUGGCUACUAUCCGCUCCCAGAAGGUCUCAGCCACUGAAACUACAGUCGAUAAGAAAAAGAAGAAAGAAGAGCCUAAAGCCCCAGUUGUGAAAGAGAAGAGCACAGAUGAGGAGAAAAAGAAGGACAAGAGCAAAGCCCAUGCCCCCAGCCAUGCCAAGAUCCGUUCCAUAGGUUUUGACAUGGAUGCCCCUAACCCUGCUCCUGCCAAGAAGCCCCCUGCAGCGCCUCAGCUGGGAGACAAGUACAACAUUAAGCCUCCAGUGCUCAAGAGACCCAGUGGACCAUUUGACGCGCCACCUCUCGAGAAGAAGUACAAGCCCCUGAACAUGCCGUCCAAUGCCACCAAAGAGAUCAAAGUCAAGAUCAUUCCAGCCCAACCGAUGGAGGCGACGGGCUUUCUGGAUGCUCUCAACUCUGCCCCAGUGCCUGGCAUCAAGAUCAAGAAGAAGAAGGCCACACCCACCUUGCCUGCAUCCAAGGUUGUGUCUCCCACUACUAACAAGGCCAGCCCGUUUGACAGCAGAUCAUCCUCUUCAGCCAAACCCACCUCUCCUGAAAAUGGCUCUGGAAACACGGACGAAAACCAGGAGCCCGACCGCCCCGGGACCCCUGUGCCCAUGGAGGACGGCGACGCUGCAGAGAACGGCGACAAACCCAACGCGCUGUCCGAACCACGCGGCGACGAGGAAACGCUCACCAAAAAGGGCAAGAAGAAGAAGACUGUUCACUGGGCCGAGGAGGAGCAGCUCAAGCACUACUUCUACUUUGACCUUGAUGAGACAGAGCGCGUCAAUGUAAACAAGAUCAAGGACUUUGGUGAGGCUGCAAAGAGGGAGCUGAUGAUGGACCGGCAGACGUUCGAGAUGGCGCGACGUCUCUCCCACGACACCAUGGAGGAGCGGGUGCCCUGGACCCCUCCACGGCCCCUCACGCUUCCCGGGAGCCUGGUUGUGCCCGGGGCCAACAGCACUGAGAAGCUCACCCAAAGAGACCGUGAGAUGGGCAUCCUGCAGGAGAUCUUCCUCAGCAAAGAGAGUGUUCCUGACUGUCCACAUGAGCCUGACCCUGAGCCGUACGAGCCCAUGCCUCCUCGUCUCAUUCCACUGGAUGAGGAUUCGUCCAUGAUGGAUGACAGCUACACCGAGCCCAUGGACACCACCCCUCAGCAGGGCUCCGGGAUGGGGGGAGGAGAGAACAAGCUGCCGCCAGUCCUGGCCAACCUCAUUGGGAACCUCAGCACUAACUCACGCAGUCCCCAGCAGGCCUCCAACCCGGUCAACAACCAGGCUGCACCCUCUGUCAAUGUACAGGAGUUGCUAUCAUCCAUUAUGGGAGCCCAGGGAAACCAGUCGACGGAGGACCUGAUCAAACAGCCUGACUUCAAUGAGAAGAUUAAGCAGCUGCUGGGCUCAUUGCAGCAGAACCAGAACCAGGGCGGACCUCCAGUGAACCCGGGUCUGCUGGGCCACAGUCCGGGCAUGAACAACAUGAACAACAUGAAUAACAUGAACAUGCACAUGCAGAUGCCCAUGAACGGAGGGUACCCCCCCAACAAUGCCCCUGGAGGCCCCCGCUUCAACCACCCUCCACCCCCACAUGGCCCACCCUUCAACGCUGGAGGACCCCGUAUGAUGGGCCCACCGCCGGGACAGGGCCGUGGCGGCGACAAUGGGAACUACUGGGGAGGAGACGACUCUAUGAGGGGGGGCCCGCACAGGGGGGGGCACUUCCACAGAGGAGGUCGGGGACGGGGGGAAGGACCAGGCUUCAGGGGCCGAGGGAGAGGAGGACCCCGGGGAGGACACAACAGCAUGAACGACAUGUCAAAGAGACCAGUGUGCCGCCACUUUAUGAUGAAGGGAAACUGCCGCUACGAGGGCACCUGUGCCUUCUACCACCCGGGCGUCAAUGGUCCUCCAUUACCCCCCAACUACAACAGCAACAACCCCCAGCACGGACACUAGCACCCCCGCACCUCUCUCCCCCUCCUCACUCCUACAGACAAUCAGCCAACCACUAUUUUAUCUGGACACUUUUACACAAGACUGAAGAACCACUAUGUCACAGCAUCCAUUUCAAAAACUUGACUAAAGUCUUGUUAUCAAGCUGUUGUAUUGUGGCUUUAAAAUUUCAAACCUCAUCGGAAAGUGUUGCUACCUGUUGCUGCCUUUUGUAUUCUCCAUAGCAAGCACUUUAAAUGCGAACAAAAUUGGGCUGCACCGUCACAAGACAUGUCCUGCCAAUGGAUUAGUCUACUAAAAAGGGAGCAUGGCAAAAGCUCUCAAAACUUUUACUUAUCUCUAUGUAUCUGACUCCAGCUGCACAGGAGUUCAUGCAAAAACAAGUAUUUAUACUAAAAAAGUACCCAGACACAAUGGAUUUAUGUAAAAACAGAUUCAACUCUUGAAUCUUGAGUUUAAUCUGCCUUUCUACAUAUAAAUACCAGCUAACGAACUCGCUUACUAACUUCUGCUUUAUGCUGUUGUCCCAUAUAAAUCUCUAUAAUCUAACUAAAAUAAUUAGUCUUCUAAUGCAAAUUUUCAUCAACAGAGACUUUAUCAAUUAAUCUACUAAAUGACUAUAGGCAUACAGCCCUUCAAGUAACUGUUUUGGUUUGAAUGCUAGUAUAAGCAUUAGCCUUAAGUGCAUACAAUGUUAUACUGUACUUGGUAAAACUGGAUUUAAGUUUUUAUCACUGGAAUAGUUUUGCCGGUGCUUUUCAUUUCUGGUGCAGCCCCGGAACUUAAAAAAACGUGAUGGUAUUAAUACAUGGACCGCUGUCUGGAUCUCCCCUGCCCUCGCUGCUUGUAUGGAAUGUUUGAAAAUAUGUCCAUGCCUUUUUUUUUUUUUUAUAAUCCCAAAGUUGUGCAUUUUUGAGAUAAUAUGAGCUUCGGUCUUGUGCAGUGUUAUUGCAUCGCGCGUGGGGUCAUCGGCUGUAAAAACAAUAUCUGGUGUUUUCCGUGAAAACAUGUCACUUUUGCGUCUCUUCUGGGACUGACCAAAUGUAAUGUAAAGUUUUGUUUUUUUAGUUUAUGUUCAUAUGUUCGGGAACAUUGGGCCUUUUUAAGAUGGCUGCCGUUUUUGUCAGUAUGAAAUGUUAUUAUUAAUACACAUUCAUACGUAUUUCUAUUUUCAGUUGACUCUUUUGUACGUUAUGUAUCAAAUAAAUGUCAGAACUUAAAGGAACCUGUAUGUAAGAUUUUGUUUUUUAAUUAAACAUGACCUAACUGUUCUCUG